CCACCAUGCUCCAACUUGCAUGGCACCAGAUCCAUUCCACUAUUUAUUUGUAAGAACAAAGGGCUUCCCCAGUUUCAGCUUCUACCUUUUCUCUUCCUUCCACAAACUCUCCUAUCUCUCGUUUCUUCUUUACACACUCAAUCAAUUAUUUCCAGCCAAUUUCAGCUCCUCCUAACACAGCCUAAAGACCAAAACAUCAUCAUUCUUUGCUCCUCUUGCACGCUGCAAGAAGGUAAGUGUUUAUUCCCUCUUAAACCUUUGCCACCACUCUGUCAUAUUUGUCUUCGUUCUUGCUUCAUUCAGUUCUUCCUAUGGGGUGUCUCUUGCUUCUUCUAUGUUUUUCUACCUUUUUAUAUGCUGUUUCUGCCUUAAACUCUGAUGGGUUGGCUUUGUUGUCCCUCUCCCGGGACUGGAUUGUUGGGUCUGGUGACAUAAACUCCACAUGGAAGUUGUCAGAUUCCACUCCAUGCUCGUGGGCGGGAGUGCAUUGUGAUCGUGCCGAUAAUGUGAAUUCUCUAAACCUCAGUAGAUAUUCUAUUUUUGGCCAAUUAGGAUCUGAAAUUGGACGUUUGAUUCACUUGCAGUCCAUAGACUUAUCAUAUAAUGAUAUGUUUGGAAAUAUUCCCCCAGAAUUAAACAACUGUACCAUGCUUGAGUACAUGGACCUUACUGUAAACAACUUUAGUGGAGGAAUACCAGAAAGCUUUAGAAACUUGCAAGAUUUGAAGUAUUUGGAUCUCUCGAUUAAUCUGCUGAGUGGUGAAAUUCCUAAAUUCUUGUGGGAAUAUCCUCUCCUGGAAGAAGUGUAUCUCAGUCACAACAGUUUAACCGGUUCCAUUCCCUCAAGUAUUGGGAAUAUGACCAACCUUGUCACCCUGGAUCUUUCUUAUAAUCCGCUUUCAGGGAGUAUUCCCGUGUCCAUUGGAAAUUGUAGUAAAUUAGAGAAUCUGUAUUUGUUAGGUAAUGGAUUGCAGGGAGUUAUUCCGGAGAGUCUAAAUGAUCUCGAAAAUCUUCUUGUGUUAUUUCUAGAUCGUAAUAGUCUUGGAGGUACUAUUCAACUGGGAUCUAGAAAUUGUAAAAUGUUGUCUAUUCUGUCUCUUUCUCACAAUAACUUCAGUGGGGGUAUACCAUCAAGCUUGGGGAAUUGUACUGGCCUAAUAGAGUUUUAUGCUACAGCCAGUAACUUAGUUGGCAGUAUACCGUCAACCUUAGGACUCCUUACCAACCUUUCUGUUCUAGUGAUUCCAGAGAACAGUUUGUCAGGGAAAAUACCUCCACAGAUUGGUAAUUGCAAAUCACUGGAUAUGUUGUAUUUGAAUUCCAAUGAACUCGAAGGAGAAAUUCCAAAUGAAUUAGGAAACUUGAGUAUAUUACGCGAACUUAUGUUGUUUGACAACCAUUUGACAGGAAAAAUUCCACUUGGCAUUUGGAAAAUUCAAACACUUGAGCAGGUACACGUAUACAUUAACAACCUUUCAGGUGAGUUACCUCUUGAGAUGGCAGAGCUUAAACAUCUUAAGAAUAUCUCCUUCUUUGAAAAUCAGUUCUCUGGAGUCAUUCCUCAAAGCUUAGGGAUCAAUAGCAGUUUGGUUCUGUUAGACGUCACGGAUAAUAAUUUCACCGGUCCCAUCCCACCAAAUGUUUGCUUUGGAAAGCAAUUGGUCAGGUUGAAUAUGGCUAACAAUAAAUUUUAUGGCAGCAUACCACCUGAUCUUGGAAGAUGCACAACUCUUGAAAGGCUCAGACUUGAAGGAAACAAUUUCUCUGGGGCACUUCCAGAUUUUGGAACUAAUCCAAAUCUCCUUCAUAUGAACAUCAACAACAACAAUAUCAGUGGGGAAAUUCCAUCAAGUUUUGGAAACUUCACAAAUAUCUCUCUUUUAGAUUUAUCCGUGAACAGCUUGACAGGUCUUGUACCCUCGGAGCUGGGAAACCUUGUGAAUCUCCGGACUUUGGUUCUUUCUCACAAUACUUUGAAAGGCCCUUUGCCACAUCAACUGUCAAACUGUAACAAAAUGAUCAAGUUUGAUGUUGGAUUCAAUUUCUUGAAUGGUUCGUUUCCAUCAAAUUUUCGGAAUUGGACUGAAUUAAAUACUUUAAUUCUCUCGGAGAAUAAUUUUGAUGGUGGUAUUCCAGCAUUCUUGUCAGAAUUUCAAAGGCUCAAUGAUUUACAACUUGGAGGAAACAUGUUUGGAGGGAGCAUUCCUAGAUCAAUUGGAGAACUGGUGGAUUUGAUGUAUGUUCUAAAUCUAAGUGCUAAUGGGCUGAUAGGUGAGCUUCCUAGGGAGAUCGAGAACCUGAAGAAUCUGAUAAAACUGGAUCUAUCUUGGAACAAUUUGACAGGAAGUAUACAAGUUCUCGAUGAGCUCAGUUCAUUAUCUGAGUUCAACAUUUCAUAUAAUUCUUUUGAAGGUCGUGUUCCACUACGGCUAACAAAUUUUAUAAAUUCCUCUCUAUCGUUUUUCGGCAAUCCUGGCCUAUGUAUCUCAAAUUUCCCUGAAAACAGCUAUUUGAGGCCAUGUGAUACAAAUUCAGAAAAGUCAGAAAGGCUCAGUAAAGUUGCAGUUGCAUUGAUAGCACUUGGAUCCUCAAUAUCUGUUAUUCUGUUGCUGGUGUUGAUUUAUAUAUUCAUUAUCAGAAAAAUUAAGCAGGAAGCCACAAACAAUGAAGAAGAUAGUUCUCCGACCCUUCUCAAUAUGGUUAUGGAAGCUACAGAAAAUCUAAAUGAUCAGUAUAUUAUUGGCAGAGGAGCUCAAGGAGUUGUCUAUAAAGCAGCACUUGGUCCAGAGAAUAUUUUGGCUAUAAAGAAGUUUGUAUUUGCCAGUGAUGAAGCGAAAAGCUCAAGCAUGACCAGAGAAAUUCAAACCCUUGGAAAUAUUAGGCAUCGAAAUUUGGCCAAAAUGGAGGGCUGCUGGUUGAGAGAAAACUAUGGUCUAAUUGCAUACAAAUACAUGCCAAAUGGAAGUCUGCACGAUGCUUUGCAUGAGAAGAAGGGAUCACACUCCUUAGAGUGGAAUAUCCGGAAUAAGAUAGCUGUUGGAAUUGCUCAUGGAUUGGCUUAUCUCCAUCAUGACUGUGAUCCCGUCAUAGUGCACAGAGAUAUCAAAACAACUAACAUACUUCUAGAUUCCGAGAUGGUGCCUCAUAUUGCAGAUUUUGGUAUUGCAAAGCUUUUGGAUCAGCCUUCUACCUCCACACAGUCAAUAUAUGUCACUGGUACACUUGGUUAUAUACCGCCAGAAAAUGCUUAUACAACAACAAUGGGUAAAGAGUCCGAUGUAUACAGUUAUGGUGUAGUAUUGCUGGAGCUGAUAUCAAGAAAGAAGGCAUUGGAUCCAUCAUUUGUAGAAGGAACAGAUAUAGUUACUUGGGCUAGAUCUGCCUGGGAGGAAGCAGGAGAUGUGAAUGAAAUUGUUGAUCGAGAGUUGGGUGGUGAAAUUUCAAAUUCUGAAGUGAUGAAACAAGUUACAAAGGUGCUUUUAGUGGCUUUGAGAUGUACAUUAAAGGAUCCACGCAGCAGACCAACGAUGAGGGAUGUUAUCAAGCAUUUGUAUGCAGAUGUUAAAAACUCCACAUAGGAAAGAUAUUAUAGUUUUCAUAAGGCUUAGUUCACAUUGUAUAAUCAUGACAAGGUCUUAUGUUUUUCCUAUUGUGGUUUUGUUCUUUUAUGUACAAAGUUUUGUUUUUAUAUUC